GCUUCUGCCUGUCACUCACAGAUAUGACCACUUCCUGUGGAAGAAUGAAAUGACACGCCCAGUCCUCAAUUCAGCCUAAACACCGAGAACAGAAGAUAUGUUUGCUGCUGUGAUGUUAUUACAUAUUCAGAGAUUGUGCUGUAAAUGUUCAUAAAAGCUGCAAGGCAUUGCUCCCUGAAUGCACCAGCAACAAGCUGAAGAAAGAUAACUCUCCAAAGCCUGUAACAUCUUCCCUGAGCUGCCAGCAAGCUUCUUUCAAGGAGAAUGCUCGAUUUGCUAUAGUGGGGCUGGAUGGAACUCAUGCUCAGGCUCGGGGGCUCGGAAUGACUGUCACCAAUAGAGGAGGUUCACGAGUAGAAGUGCAAUCCAAUUCAGGAAGCAGAGCUAGCACAGCAGAGAUGGAUGACGUAGAUUCUGGUUUGUCAAGACUGAAAAUGUUCUCUGAUGAAAAUGUUUCACUUGCUUCUGAUUCAGUAUUUUUGGAGGACUCCUAUACAAAUGUGAAAAGUGAGUUAGAACUCGACGCACUGGAAUUUGAGGCAGAAUCGUGGAGUUGUGCUGUUGAGCCACAGUAUCUCAAGAAGCAGAAGAAAGAGGUGUUAAAGAGACAGGAUGUUAUUUAUGAGCUAAUGCAGACUGAGAUGCACCAUGUUAGAACUCUGAAAAUCAUGCUAAGGGUGUACUCAAGAGCACUCUCGGAAGAGCUGCAGUAUGGUUACAAGGAUAUAUACCAGAUCUUUCCAUGUGUGGAUGACCUUCUGGAGCUACAUGUCAACUUUUUAGCAAGAUUUAAAGAGAGGCGCAAAGAAUCUAUGGAGGAGGGAAGUGAUAAGAAUUAUGUGAUUCAGAAAGUUGGUGAUAUCCUUGUGCAGCAGUUCUCAGGUGACAGUGGUGAGAGGAUGAGGGAGAAGUAUGGAAUCUUUUGCAGUCAGCACAAUCAGGCAGUGAGUCGUUAUAAGGACCUGUUGCGGGACAGUAAGAAAUUCCAAAACCUCAUGAAGAAAAUUGGCAAUUCUUCUAUAGUGAGGCGGCUGGGCAUCCAGGAGUGCAUUCUUUUGGUGACACAAAGGAUUACAAAGUAUCCAGUUCUUGUAGAACGUAUCAUUCAGCAUACAGAAGAAGGGACAGAGGAUUAUGAAGCACUGACACAGGCAAUUGCACUUAUCAAAAACACUAUCACCGAUGUGGAUUCCCGUGUCCACGAGAGUGAGAAAGUUCAUCGCUUGCGGGAAAUUAUAAGUAAAAUGGAGCUUAAAUCUUCAGGGAAGCUAAAGAAUGGGUUGACAUUAACGAAGCAGGAUAUUCUCCGAAGGCAUUUGCUUCAUGAUGGGGUUCUGUACUGGAAAACUGCCUCAGGCCGUUUAAAAGACAUCCUUGCUGUUUUGCUUACUGAUAACUUGCUUCUGCUACAAGAGAAAGACCAGAAAUACGCCUUAUCUCCUGUGGAUAACAAAACACCUAUGAUUUCCCUUCAAAAACUGAUUGUCCGUGAGGUGGCUAAUGAGGAAAAAGCCAUGUUCUUGAUCAGUGCUUCAAACACAGGAGCAGAGAUGUAUGAAAUACACACUAACUCCAAAGAAGAGCGAAAUCUAUGGAUGACUUUAAUUCGCGGGGCUGUGGAGAGUUGCCCCAUACAAGAUACAGAAAUCCUGAAUGAGGCAGAAGAAGAAAAGAAACUCUUUACUGAAAGAGCUGCUAAAAUAAAAGAGUUUCAAGUAAGCCUAAAUCAGAAAGACUGUGCCAUUGUUCAGUCCCUAAAUGAGAAGUUGCAGACAUGCAUAGAGAUGGCGGAAUUAUAUGGCUAUGAAGACUUUUCUCCGGAACAAAGGAUAACUUUGCUUCCCAGAGCUGACACUGAUGAAAACUUUGAAGGGAAAGGCAUCCUGCAAUCCGCAGUCACGACAGCUGAGCGCAUCCACUACAUGCUUCUGUCACAAACGGCAUUGCUGAACCCUCUGGGGGAGGCAAACAAUCCAGCCACAACCUUACUAAGACGAUCUGAGACUUUUGGAGGCUAUGACACAGAUAGCUUCAAACAAAUGGUUAAGGACCGAAGGGCUGCAUCUAUAAGUGCAGACAGCCAAGUGCAAGAUCCUCCCAUUAUUGAGCCUGAAGUUUCCACAGUAGAUAACAGGCUGCCAGUAUGUCAUGAGACUGAGAUGGUUGUUUGUGUGGAGAUGUUACUUCAGCAUCUUUACAGUCUGCAGGCAGUGAUAUCACAACAGGAUAGUUAUGUUGAGGUUCAAAAAGAGCGUGAAAAACAGUUCAGACAGCAAUCUUCCCGUGGCAACAUAUUAUUGGAGCAGGAAAAGCAGCGUAACUUUGAAAAGCAGCGAGAAGAGCUGGUCAAUGUGCAGAAGAUGCAGGAGCAGCUGAGGUUGGAGAAACUUAAGUGGGAACGGGAAAGGGAGAGGCAUCAGAAGGAAGCCGAGGCUACGGAGAACAUGUUGAGACAACGAAUGGGUGACAGUGAACUCCAAAUGCGAAAACUACUUCAGGAGCGAGAAGAACUAGAUGGGCAGAGAAAGGAAUAUCAGCUUGAUUUAGAAAGACUUCGAGAAUCCCAGAAGGCUGUGGAAAAAGACAGAGAACGCCUGGAGCUGCUGAAGAGGAUUAGAGUAACCAGUGCAGGAGCUGGGUCAUUUUCAUCAGACUUAAUACCGGUACCCCAUCCUACAACUUCUAAUGGGGAAGGAAUGCUCAGUACAGAGGGACCUAGCCAUUUACCCAUAAAACCCCAUGCCAAAACAAUUAUGUCAAUGUCAGCUGCUGACUACCUGGUGAGACCAGAAGUGGUUCGCAGGGAAAGCAAUAUGACCGACAUCCGUCCAGCACUUAAAAAGGAAGUGCCUAUUAAUUUAUUAAGUGCAACCAACCAGAUCCAGAAGCAGGUAGCUAUGACCAGACAGAAGAUACCCACCCAUCUUGCAUUGGACAAAGUCAAAGAAAAGCCCAGCAGGGGAAAAGCUUCCCAUCGAACAGAGAGCACAGCAUCACUAGACCACAGACUGGGCUUCCCAUCCAAGCUUUCUGGAAAGGAAGAUGGCACUGUAAGAAGCAGAAGGUCUGCAAGUCCAAAUCCAUUAAGCAGUCAAACUGUAUUCUUUCAGCAAGAUCCUGUAGGACAAGCAGAACCUUCUGAAACACCACUCUAUACACCUGUCUUGUAUCGACCAGGCAGCUUCCACAUCCUGCCCCCAUCCUUUCCUCCACAGCCCCCUCCUCCGCCAACUGAGGAUGAGGGAAGUAAAGAAAAUGUUAUUUUUUUCUAACAAAUUUUGACAUUUCCUCUCCAUGUUGAAAUUAUAAAAAAAUAAAUAAAUAAAAAUAAGUCAUCGCCCUCCACCAUAAAGGCCUUCUCAAAACUGCCAUGAUCCGCAGGCUCACUGUGGAGGAUGAAUUUGCCUUGUCAAUUAUAUCCGAUUGCGAGGCCAUAGUGUGUCUGUAUUUAGUUCUAUGUAAAAUGUAUGAAGGGACCAUGCAAUAUGCUUUAGGAAAAAGAAGCACAGAAGCAUAAAGAUGAGGAGGCAAGCGUCAUUUGUUCUGUAUAUUUGAUUUUGUAACCUCAAAGAGUGUUGUAUUAUUUUUCCUAAGCUUUUCAAGCCUUUCCUUAAUCAAUGUUUCAAUACUGAAAUUGUCUAUAAGAUCAUUAUGAUGUAAAGAUUCACAGAACCUGUAAUAUGGAGAGCACAGAUUUUAAUAUUUCCUGUGCCCUUGUAUUGUCAAGAUGGAGGAGGGUAACUAGUACAACUCACCACUUCUUCUUGCAGCGUGAUACUUGCACUAUAUUAUUGGACAAAUAUAUAAUUUGACAAAUUCCCAAACGUUUUAAGAACUAGACGUUUUAUAAAAAGGAGGUUUUAAGCCACUAGUACUCAAUAUAAGGGUUCAUGCACAAAGCUCUGUAUUGCACAGAAUGCCUCACUGGGCUGUAAAUGUGUGGCUGUGUCAGAGCCCAUGCAUUUUUUUGUUUAUUUUUAUUAAAUAGGUUAACAAUCA